AUGCUCCGUCGCACACGAAGCCGUGCGAUCUCGCAGUACAACUUUGGUCAGCCGUCGCUGACGAGGGCCUUCGGCCCCAUACCGUGUGAAGGUCAGACAGCAAAGGCAGGGAAGGUCAUGUCCACAAAACUUUCAAAUGGGGUUCGUGUUGUGUCGCACGACUUGGACGGCGCCCAUAGCGUCGUUGGAGUCUACGUUAACGCAGGGCCAAAGUACGACCCGCUCAGCUGCCCAGGACUGAGCCACGUGAUGCGCUAUGCCAUUCAGACAUCCAACAUGGAUAGCUCGCUGUUUCAGGUGGACCGGACGAUGCGGUCUACGGGCAACGCCUAUGGUCAUGGUGAGAUCUGUAAGCGUUACGUGCACUGGAAGGCUGAGGGGAGGCGUGACAUGUGGGAGCACCCCUUUGCGAUGCUCGCUACAGGGGUGGUGGCGCCGCGCUUUCACGAGAGCGACGUGGAGCGUUUCCGCGACACCAUGGACAACCAGCGCGAGGAGCUGCGCUGGCAGCACCCACGCGAGUACUGCGUGGACGCUCUUGAAACGGUGGCAUUCUUCAGGGAGCCGCUUGCUUCCCCGCGCAUGGUGCCACCGGAAGCAAAUGACCGCUGCAAUCAGAAGGCGCUUGUGGAUCACUGGGCAAAGCACUUCCACCCCGGCAACGUCACUCUGGCGGCUGUCAACGUCCCACACAACGCACUACUGGCGGCGUACGCGUCACUGCCGUAUCCGCAUUCCGCGGAGGCCCCUCACCACGCACGAUCUCGUCAGCCAACCUUCUCGCACGCGAGCGAGGCCACACAGUUCUACCCUGGACGUCAGCGUGUGGUGUACGAGGACCGCGCCAAGGCGAUGGGCACGGUGCCAGACAUGGGCCAGGAGGUCAUCGCUGCUCUGGGGGUCCCAACCUUUGGAUGCGAUGAGGACGUAAAAAAGUACGCAACAGCGCUCGUGGCGCGAGAGGUGUACCAGGCCUCCAUUGACCGUGCCAUGCCAGCCGCCCUGGCCACGUCGCAAGGGGUGCAGUCAUUCUACCGUCCUUAUUCGUCCGCGGGCCUCCUCGGCGUUACGAUCCGUGGUGCUCCGGAGGAAGUUGAAAAUCUAUUAGCUGCUGCAAGAGGAAGCUUUCCAACGAAGGUGACAGAAGACGAGGCUGCUGCGGGACGUGCUCGUGCCACGAUGGCCUUUACGCGGAAUCACCUAGAGAUGGUGCGAGACUACUGCGACUUUAUUGCGACGUCCAGCGCCACACCACAGCAGCUGUUGGGGGCCAUCGGAGCAGUUUCGGCAGGGGACGUGGAUGCGGCUUUGGGCGCUGCUGGUGCCGUGGCACCGGCCGUCUUCGUCACUGGCUCCACCUUUGCCUUUCCGAGGGUGUCGAGUCUCAGGAGGGAGAAGUAG